GCCGCGUGCAGCAUGUCCGUGCAGGUUGUGCGCAUGUUUGGAUGUAUCGGGAGCAGGGCACCAUCAUUUCAGGGUUGAUGUCCAGCUGGAAGACACGGAGAUCAUUUGCUAGUUUGCACAAAUAAAAGCGUUUAGAUCAGAAUCAGCCACGAAGAAGGAGGCAUCAUGAGUAAAGUGGUGACGGGUGGGAUGAAAUGCGUGAAAUAUCUGCUCUUCGUUUUCAACUUCAUCUUCUGGCUGUCAGGCCUGCUGGUUCUGGCUGUGGGACUCUGGCUCAGGUUUGACCCGGAGACGGUGGAGCUCCUGACAGGUGAUGGAGCACCGGACACCUUCUUCAUCGCGGUGUACAUCCUCCUUGGUGCAGGAGGGCUGAUGAUGAUCGUUGGGUUCUUCGGAUGUUUUGGAGCCGUACGAGAGUCUCAGUGUCUCCUAGCAUCAUUCUUCGCCUGCCUUCUGGUCAUCUUUGGAGCAGAGAUUGCAGCCGGUGUGUUUGGAUUCAUAAACCAGGAACAGAUCGUUGAAGAGGUCCAAAAGUUUUACAGCAGCUCCAUCUCUGAUGUCUCUAAUGCCAAUGCCACCGCAAUCGCUCUCAUGUACCAUAAAACUCUGAACUGCUGUGGAGGAUCAGUGUCAGAAACAUCUACAGUGCUCUGUGCAGAGACCGCUCUUGAGGACACUCAGAACUGCCUCACUGCGAUACAAAACUUCUUCAAUGACAAGCUGUACGUUAUCGGAUACAUUGGGAUUGGAAUCGCAGGAGUAAUGAUAAUAGGGAUGGUGUUCAGCAUGGUUCUUUGUUGUGCCAUCAGGAACAACAGGGAGGUCAUAUAGUAGAGUGAGUUGAUGAGUUGACCCCCGUCCUCUACCAACCGCUCCCCCAAGCCAGGCAACCCACUACACCCUCACCGAUCCCUUCAUAAUCAACCCAUCUGCAAGAGAAGGGAAGCACCAAAGUUACAUUUCACUUUCAUUCCUCACGGUCACAAAGUGAGCUGGUGGGGGGAUUUCCUUUAACACCACAAAUUAUUUCAUCCGUCCAAAUCCAACACGAUACGCUGGAUUGUUUUGUUCUCCUCGACUCCACCAGCGCUGAAAAUGUUCUCUCUUUUUUCUUGUUCGUAACACCCGCUCUGCUUUUUGAUACAGAUCUGUUACAUCCCUCCAUUUUAACACCUCUCUGUUUCCUGCACUCUAACUCCAACACAACACCGAUCACGAAGCCUUUUUUGACACAGGAAUGUUGUGAUCAAGGAGUAUUGCUGUAAAUAUGGACACCUAUGUUACGCACCUGCUCUUAACGUUAUUUAUCACUCCCUUUUUAUGUAAUUUAUAGGCCUUACGCCAUAUUGUGUGCUUACAUGUUUGGAGGACUAGUCUACCUUUGCAGAGUGCGUUUCCAUUAUGUGCCUACUGUAUAUUUAUUCACACAGAUAAGCCUCCAGCUGAUGUGCUAUCUGCAUUUUCCUGGUGAUUUCAAUAUGUACAUAAAGACUGCUCGCUCCCAGCCACCACUCUCGAGUAUUUCUACUUUAAAGCACAACACAAAGGAAGUGUAGGCGUGAUAAGGGUUAGAAAAGGUCUGAUGAUAAACUGCCUCUCUGUGAAUCUCCAAACUCAUCGAAAAGGUCACGAGUAACACGACGUCUCGAGCUCUUCUGGAGAGCAUGUGUGAACUGUAACAGUGAGCUAGCCUGCGUUUUUCGUGUGAAUUAUUUUGGAUGUAAAUUUUGUUGGUGUGCCAAUAAGAUGUGAAUUAUAGAAUAAUAUAGUUAAUGUCAAACUGUUAACCUUAAUAAAAACAAACGUUUGGUGCUUUUAUUCUCAA